GCUUCGGACUUGAUCGCGCGUUCGCCAAUUUGAUUAUAGAAACAUAACAUUGCACAUUUCUUCAAUUUAUAGAAGAAAUUUUAACAUUUAACCACACGUACUUUCUAAUAUUUUUUACUCUAAAAUCAUCAAUAUAUUUUUUAAAUUUGUUUCAUUUAGAAGUGAUAUAUAUUGACAAAGAAAGCUUAAGAUACUUUUUUGUGUGAGAAAGUAGUGAGUGCGCGCCUUUACAAUAGGACAUUGCCGGAUACAAUGGGGCUACUCUUGUAAUUUUUGUGCUGAGAAAAUGAAAGCGUGCGCGUCCGCGAGUUCUACAUCGCGAUGCAGCGUUGCCCCUACAUCCACGAGAUGAAGGAGCGGCUGCUAGGGGCGCCAGUAGAGGGCGCCGGCGCUGCUAUAGACGCCCGUGAGCAACCCAGGGAGCGCGUGUUUGACACGCUCGCACAGGACACCCAGGUCGGCACCAUCGUCAAACUGAACUCCGACGGGUACGGUUCCCACACGUCGCCGGCGCGGGCGCCACUCGUGACGGACGAGUGCGAAGCGCCGGCCGACGAGACGGAUGCCCUCACACCCACAGAGGCAGUGUUGCGAUACCGCGCAUGCUGCCAACCUGAAACCACUCCUAAAAAUGCCAAAACUUCGCUGUUCAUCAUAUCAAGCUUCAUCUACGCGAAGCUUUUAGUAGUGGUAUGCAUUGCUUACGUCAUAAGUGACGUCAUCACCCACAAUUUACCUCUAUACUACUACGAGGGCUUCUUCACCUACCUAUAUGGCAUGAGCAUAUUGUUUUUAUUAUACGUCUUUUGCUUCUUACUUCAAGAGAGUGCAUGCUGCAGUGGAAGCCCUCCGAAACCGAAGCCUCCACCGAAAGAGAAGAAGCCUAAGAAGGAAAAGGAGAAGAAAACCAAAGAUAAAGAAGUAAAAGAAGGGAAAGAUGGAAAAGAAACUAAAGAUGGCAAGAAAGACGGGAAAAAGGAUGGGAAAUCUAAAGACAAGGAUAAGGAAAAGGAUGCUGGUAAAGAAAAACCAACCAAAGAGUCUAAGAAACAAAGUCAGUUUCAGGAGGUGUACCCGCGUAAGAUGCGCGAUAAAGUUCGUCAACAACAAUUGCAAAUUCAAAUGGCGCAAUUGUAUGCGUCCGAACAGCAACAAGAUAUUGUCGAACUGGAGGCUGGGCCUGUUGCAAGGCCAGUACGUCGGCGUAAAACAUCUCAAAACGAUCAUAGCCAUGGAAGUUUCUUCCUUAGAAUUGGUGCCAUUGCAUUCGGACUUGGUACGAUGAUCUAUAAUGGCUUAGAGUUUGGAACGUUCUUUGAAUUGCCACUAGAGUCACCAUGUUACCUAAUCUUGAAGGGUAUCAAUCCUGUUCUUCAGAUGGUCUUUACAUUUAUGCAGAUGUACUUCAUUUUCAUGAAUUCACGACUAAAUAUCCAUCGUUUCAAAGUGAUCGCUCGUUUUGGUUUGAUGCAUGUAGUCGCUACUAAUAUCUGCGUGUGGAUUCGAACAUUAGUACUCGAAUCUUUGAAGGAAAUUACGGACUAUCAUGUGAAAAAUCCACUUGGAGUUUCUGGAGAAGGCGUACUUGGAAAAGUUAUACGAAAACAUACAUUGAGGCAUUCCGGAAAAGUAUUUGGUGCUGCAACUACUGCUGCAACUACUGUUGCUUCGACUGUUAGUACUACUGCAAAGACAACUGUCGAACAAAUAUUAAACGUAGUCACAACCUCUACUGCUGCCCCUACAACCACUUCAACAACUACGACCACUCCUUCACCAUACUUUAAUAUGGGUGGCGGGUUCAUUCCUAAAUCAAAACUGAUCGAUACUUUAAAGAGCACUGUAGGGUAUGAUAAUGGGAUGGGAUUCGGUCGCGAGUCCAAAGCUGCGUGGCCCAAUGAUAAUCCUUUCACUACUACCUCCACUAUAGCACCAUUAACCACGGAGGCCGAAAAAGUGACUCAAACUCAGACAGCCAUGUUGGAAGUAUUCCAGUGGUUAUCUUCAACUUUUAAACCGAUUGUAAGCACUAUGUCAACUCUGGUGCCAACUUCGACUUCCGGAUCGUACAUUACCGAUAAAGAUGAAUGGGGGAAUAGUGUCGAAACGUAUCGCGUAGACGAACCACCACAUUUGCCAGUAACAAACUCUUCGGAAAUCUUCGAGUCCUUUGAUAAUCUGAACCCGGCAGCUUUGAUUGGAAGUAUCGAUAACACAACCGUAUGUGGAAGAAAUCCAAUUAUGGGCACUAUCGUUUCUGACUCGGCGCCUUACCUGUACCCUUUCAUUAUCGAGUACUCUCUUAUCGGCGCUGCUGUCAUCUAUGUCAUGUGGAAACAUAUUGGCCGCUAUCCUAGCGUGGCCAACGAUGAAGAUCUGGAAAGACGUCUGGAGGCUGUUCUCUCCCGCAGGGCAGCAGCACUCGCGGCAGCUCAGCGCGGCAACCGUGUCGACUGCGCAGGAGCAUCCAAAGGGCUCUUCUGUGGACUGCUUCUUCUCGUCGCGUCUCUCAUUUGCCUGAUCCUCUUCUUCGUCCUCAUAAGACAUCAAGAGUUGAAGCGCCUGUCUAUAUAUUUGGCUGACGUAUCUCAUUGUGCAUUGAUGGUUCUCUCAAUUUUGGCAAUCCUGAUUGGAUUUAUACGUGGUCGAGUAAUGCAAUGGAGCUCAAGUCCCCCAUCCUAUACCGAGCCUCUCCGCAGGGUACAAUCUUUGAAGUUCCGCUCUGAAGAACAGUCCGACUUGAACGACAUUCUGCUCCGCGUGUCUGCAUUUGGAUUGUUCAUCUACGCUGUGUUUAGCGUAAUCGCCGGCGCAAUGGGUGCUUUCGUCAAGGAAUCGAAUUUGCUGGUCAUGAUCACUGGAUGUUUAAGUGUGCUCCAGGUGGUACUUCAACUACUGUUCAUCGCUGAUGUAUCCCGCCGUCGUGUCCACUUGCCUGAACAAGAGCGCAGCAAGCCUGCCCGCCAGGCUGUCACCUUCCUUCUCAUCUGCAAUGUUACCAUGUGGCUCAUUUAUACCUUUGAAGCUCAGAAAGUUCUUGCUAGCCCAGUGCAACUGGAUUUCUACGGAUUCGUCGCUUGGUCACUUGUUCAACGGUUCACUCUACCACUUUGCAUAUUCCAUCGCUUCCACUCGGCCGUGACUCUUGCUGAGAUAUGGAAGACAAGCUACAAAGCGCGUCUGGAGUGAGCACUCUCGCAAAACAGGGAAUAUUGGAGUCCAUAAUCCAAUCAUCACCUUGACUAACUCCUAGUCAGGAUUACGGAGAACGCUACCGAUUUCGUCCUUAUCCGGGACAGCAAUUUUGUAGUUAGAGAAAAUAAAAUUUGUUGCUAGUUUCGGAAUCAUCAACUAAUGAUAAAGUGUUAUACUAUAGUAUAGUGUACGGUGUCACGAAUUUAGGGCAGUAACUUUCUAAUUUGGAUAUAUAAAAUAUAUAAUUGCUAUCCCGGAAUGACUUACCUACUUGUAGUUGACUUGAGACGCACCCGGAUAAACGUUAAAAAUUGCAUCGUUACGUACUUUUUAUGAUAUCUAUAAUACAUAAUUUUUUGUUCACAUUCCAUAUUUUUACAGUAUCGUAAAUAAACUCUAUGUUUCUUGGAAGACUGACUGUGGAGACUUUAACGUGACCAAACACAUUUUUAUUGUUUAUUUCCUUUAAAUAGAUACGUAAAUAGAAUUGCUCAGUAUUUGGCUUUCGAACUUUUUGAAUUUUAUAAUAUUCUAACGAGAAAAGUACAUGAGGAAUACCGUAUAAACGAAACAUGAUAAUAGAAGAAAAAUCCCCAGUUGUGAAAAGUUCCCUCCUUUGUUAGAAAUAAUUUGUGUGCCAUGGUUUUAGGGUUAAGGCUUGAUUGAAAUUCGACAAUAUUUUAUAUUUCUUGGUCUAAAGGGGAAUAAAUUUAAUGUAUCAAUUGAAUCUGAUGUACCAGAUUUUGUUUCUAGAGUAAAGGUGCAAAUGUCUUGAAUGUCUAUUUUCAGGAAAUAUGUAUUAGUUUACGAUCCUGUUUAGAAAUCACUGCAUAUUUUUGAAAGUAAAAUAAAUUAAAUUAAUAUAUUUAAAGUUUCAGAUAAUUUAUUAGCCAACGUAAAUUCGAUAUAAGCAAGUAGAGAUAUUAUUAUUGCAAGUUAAAAUACGAUAAAAGUAAGAUUGUAGUUAAAGCGUCGAAAAUUAAAAUUACAUAUACUUAUAUGUACUUAACUUUAGAGAAAUACAAGAGUAGAUAACGUACUGCUUGAGCUGCAGUAAAAUGCUUGAUACAGAUGGAUCAUUUUGGGUAUUAAGUUUAUUGCAAGGGGCCACGAAUUAUUAAAAAAAUAUAUCAAUCAAUCUCAAUGCUCUCCUUUUUAUCGCUGACAUUAGCGAAUUCAGAUAACAUAGUUAAUUAGUUUUUUAUACAUUUGUAUAUUUUUUAUUGGAUUUCCAAUGAAUCAACAGCUUUUACUACUAAAUUGUUUUCAUUAAUAUUACGUGAUGUACAAACUGCGAUGGCGCUACGAGUUUCGUUUGAAUCUUGUAUAAAUUAAGGAACCAUUGCAUUAAUAUCUUCUCUGCAAGUAUUUUCUUAAUCGUCUUUAUGUGCAAUCUAUUUUUAUAAGCUGACUAAUUUUACACACAUAUUUAAAGUGUCGUUACGUAUCGUCGCGUUACGACACGUGAUAUCAUUUCGAUGUUAUGGAUUUUGUAUAAAAUAGCUCAUACUCAAUUAUUUAUAAUAUAUUUAUUAAUUUUAUAAAUUAAAUGUUUAAGAUAACUCUGUAACUUAUUGCUCUAGGGGUCUGAGAGAAAUGUGUGCUUAGGUACCUACAUUGUAAGAUUUCGAGUGAGUGUAGGUAGUUUUGACUGGUUUAUAUUUGAAUAAUAAAUGACUACGCACAUUAUAGCUAUGAUGUUAUGGAUGUUGUCUGAAAUGUCACUGUAUAGAACUAUCUCUGAGCAAAACUAAACUCUAAUAUUCGAAAUAGAGUUAAAACUUUAAACGACACUGAUUUGGAAGUAGAUAUUAUCUCUUCUUUUAGGUAAUGAUAGUGACAUUUCAGAAUGUUUUAAGUAAACUACUGUCAGAUGUACUUUUGUCCAUUGGGGGCUCUGAUUCUAACUCUAACUAAAGAAAUGACUAAAGUGUGCGUUGUCAUUAUUUUUAAAAUGGUAAUUUAUGACUAAUGCCGAGUGAGUAUAAGUAACAUUCAGGAGUCCAAUCGCGUUGAUUUUUUGGAACUCUAUUGCUAAUGUACAUGAAUGUUUAUUGUGAAAUAGUUACAAUCUGCGUGUUUGGCUUGUUUUAUCACUGCCGAAGUUUUUAACAACAUAAAUUAUUAUUAGUAAGUCCUUUGAUAAAACUAUACUAUUUCUAACUUGUUCAAUUUUGUAGGUGAUAUUUACUGUGUACCUUAAAUGUUUGGAACAAAAUGUACCGAAGUUUGUAACGUAGGUAUAACAUUAUUAUCAUACUGUGGAUACUCAAUCAGUGUUAUAUAGGGAUACCAAAAAUUAAAAUUUGGAAAUUCUACUUUAAAAUAUAUUAAUAAUAUAUGUAAAUGUCUAUUUGAAUAAAUCAGA